AUGGACAGACUUAUUGGACAAUCUGGAAUCGGCAAUGCACUUGCUGCCCAAUCUGUGAUUGGAAAUAGACAGACCAAUGCAUGUGGGUCGACACAGCAGCCUGUGAAUGGUGGGACUAAUGUACGAGUUCAGGGGACGACGUGUGGGGCUGGGCAGAUUCUAUACUCCCCUCAACGGACAUCUAGUGGACUUGGCCAGUAUCAUCCACAGAAUGGACAGAACAGGCUGACCGAAUGGGGAAAAUCUGGCAGAGCCUCUCUGUCAACUGAACAGAGUUUGAUCCCUCUGCAAAACCCAGUCGUGCCUUCUGCAAUGGAAAAAUCUCAGGAAUCAUCAUCAACAGCUUCAGCAACUGUCCCUGAACCAGUGGCUGCCUCAACACCUAUUAACACCACGGCUCAAAGUAAUCUUCUCCCUACCAAUGGAAAUCUGAUAUCUCUUAAUGCCUCUUCUCAGAUUCCAUUCAAGCUUGCAAAGAAUGGCGGAAAUUAUGCAUCUUGGAAGUCCCAAAUGACAAAUCUCCUGUUUGGUUAUGGACUUCUUGGUUUCGCUGAUGGGACUCAUCCAUGUCCAACAAAAACUGACCCUGGAUAUUCCCUCUGGACUCGUCAGGAUCGUCUUGUUCUGCUUGGCAUUCAGGCAACUGUUAAUAGUGCAAUCUGCCCAAUGAUAAACAAUUGCACCACAUCUGCUGAUGCCUGGAAUAAAUUAGAAACCAGUUAUGCUAAUAGUUCAAAUACCCGGAUGCUUUCUAUUAUGUCGUCCCUUAUGUCAAACAAGAAGGAAGGAAAAACUGUUGCUACCUACAUGAGCAACGUUAAAGGCCUUGUGGACGAACUAGCACUCAUCGGGCACCCUCUAAAUGAUGCUCAAAUCAUAUCCUACACCUUAAAUGGCUUGGGUGAUGAGUUUAAAGAAUUGACAGCAGCAGUUCGAGUCCGCGAUACUCCUAUCUCUUUUGAGGACCUCUAUGAUAAAUUACUUGAUGAGGAAUUGAUAAGUAAUCAGGGAGUGCCACAUGAAGACGAAGUACAAGUUACUGCACAACUGACUCAAAAACGGUCCAUUUAUAGAGGUCGUGGUGGUCGAGGAGGACAUAGAAGUGGCUAUAAUAACACUACACACCGUUUUGACAGCAACAUAAGUGGACAAAAUUCUCAGUCUCACCACCUGCAAUUCAAUCGGCAGCAGCCCUCUUAUGGCAGAGGAAAACAUUUGGAUAACUUCCAAGCACCAACUGAUGACUCUUCUGAUUCAAUUGUCUCACCCUCCUCUCCACCACAUUUAAUUCCUACAUCCUCCACUCGGUGUCCCUCUAUCACUCAACAAGUUACCUCCACUCCUGUCUCUCCUCAGCCUGCCUCUCGAAGCUCUCCAUCACAGUUCCCUCUACACGACGUCACGAUAUCAACCAAUCUACCCAGUCCACCACCCAUGGUUCCUCCCAUUCGCCUUUACCUGUCCAACCAUCUCGCGUAG